UGAUGAGUCACAAUCUCUUAUCUUGAGCUCUAUAUAAAUAGACAUUGACAUGUCCUAAAACAAUGUAAGUGUAGUGUGCCUCCAAAAUUUGAAAUCUCAAACAUAAGUACUUGAGAAGAAAAAAAGGCUCCAAAUAUAAUCAAUAUGGAGGGUAGUUCUUCUUCUUCUUGUAAGGGAAAAAAGGCCACGCAAGAGAUAGAAAAUGGCAACAAAGGGAAGGAUGACAUCAAAUAUCGAGGUGUCCGGAGGCGUCCAUGGGGCAAAUUCGCAGCGGAGAUACGUGACCCCACGAGGCAAGGCGCUCGCCUGUGGCUCGGGACGUUUGACACAGCUGAGGACGCGGCGAGGGCCUAUGACAAGGCAGCAUUUAACCUAAGGGGAAGUCUUGCUACUUUGAAUUUCCCUAAUGAGUAUUAUUCUAAGCUCAAUGAUCCUUCUUAUUGUGACUAUCGGAAUUCAUCAACUGGUCAAGGAAAUGCAGUUAUUGAGUUCGAGUAUCUUGAUAAUAGUGUGCUAGAGGGGCUUCUUGGAGCAGAAGAGCCAAAGAUGACAAGAAAGGGAGGUUAAACUUUGUAAUUUUAAGUUUUAAGUUACCUUCCCAUAUCGCCUCAUCUUUUUGUCUUCUUAUUUUGUUCCUUUUAUAAUCCUUCAGUAUUUAGAACUUAUUUUGUGUAAUAUUGGCGUAAGAUGAAGUUUAAAAGGAAUAAUAUGAUCAGUUGAGGAUUCAUAUAUUCAAACCUCAAUUUGUUUGCGAU